AAUAUCCGAGGUUCUUUUCGAGGCCGAGGAAGAGGCCGAGGACGGGGAAGAGGACGAGGCAGAGGAAAUCCUCGAUUGAACUUCGAUUAUUCAUAUGGUUAUCGAGAACAUGGUGAAAGGACUGAUCAGCCAUUUCAAACAGAACUUAAUACCAGUAUGAUGUAUUACUAUGAUGAUGGUACAGGUGUACAGGUGUAUCCUGUGGAAGAAACAUUGCUUAAAGAGUAUAUUAAACGCCAAAUUGAAUAUUACUUCAGUGUAGAAAAUUUGGAACGGGACUUCUUUCUUAGGAGAAAGAUGGAUGAACAGGGUUUCUUGCCUAUUUCCCUGAUUGCUGGUUUCCACCGUGUUCAGGCUCUCACUACAAACCUUAAUCUCAUUUUAGAGGCAUUGAAAGAUAGCACAGAAGUGGAAAUUGUGGAUGAGAAAAUGAGAAAAAAGAUAGAGCCGGAAAAAUGGCCAAUUCCAGGCCCUCCUCCACGUACUGUGCCACAGACAGACUUCUCUCAACUGAUUGAUUGCCCAGAGUUUGUACCAGGCCAAGCUUUUUGUUCACAUACAGAGUCUGCCCCAAAUUCUCCAAGAUUUGGAAGUCCACUGAACCCAAAGAAAAAUACUGAAACGAGUAAUCUCCAAGCAAUAUCUAGAGGUCUGUCUACCAGUUUGCCCGACUUGGACUCACAACCUUGGAUAGAAGUAAAAAAGAGACCUCGUCCAUCUCCAAUGAAAUUGAAGGAAUCAGCAUCUCUGCCUGAAGAGGCAUCAAAUCAGCUAUAUCCUUCAGAUGAACAAGAGCAAGAAGAACUUGACUUUUUAUUUGAUGAAGAGAUGGAGCAAAUAGAAGGACGAAAAAACACAUUUACUGAUUGGUCUGAUAAUGAUUCAGAUUAUGAAAUUGAUGACCAGGAUUUAAACAAGAUUUUGAUUGUAACUCAGACACCACCUUACAUGAGAAAACAUCCUGGAGGAGAUCGAACGGGCAACCACAUGUCUCGGGCAAAAAUUACAUCUGAACUUGCUAAAGUCAUUAAUGAUGGCUUGUAUUACUAUGAACAGGAUCUAUGGAUGGAAGAAGAUGAAAACAAACACACAGCCCUAAAGCAAGAAGUUGAGAACUUUAAGAAGCUAAAUCUCAUUAGUAAAGAGCAGUUUGAAAACAUAACACCUGAACUUCCUUUUGAGCCAAACCAAGAAGUUCCUGUAGCACCUUCACAGUCCAGGCAAGCAGUUCCAGAAUCUCCUAGAGUUUAUCCUGCAAGGUCACCUAAAACACCUCGAACACCCAGGUUACAAGAUCCAAACAAAACACCAAGAUUUUAUCCUGUUGUUAAAGAACCAAAAGCUAUUGAUGUAAAGAGUCCAAGAAAGAGAAAAACAAGGCAUAGUACAAAUCCCCCUCUAGAGUGUCAUGUUGGUUGGGUAAUGGAUUCCAGAGAUCAUGGACCAAGAACAUCCUCUGUCAGCAGUUCAAAUGCCUCGCCUUCAGAAGGUGCACCACUAGUAGGAAGUUAUGGAUGUACUCCUCAUUCAUUCCCAAAGUUCCAGCACCCUUCUCAUGAACUUUUGAAGGAAAAUGGCUUUACCCAACAAGUGUACCACAAGUAUCGUCGAAGAUGCCUAAGUGAGAGAAAACGCUUGGGAAUUGGCCAGUCCCAAGAAAUGAAUACCCUCUUUCGUUUCUGGUCCUUUUUCCUCAGAGAUCACUUCAAUAAAAAAAUGUAUGAGGAAUUUAGACAACUUGCUUGGGAAGAUGCAAAAGAAAAUUACAGGUAUGGAUUAGAAUGUCUGUUCAGGUUUUAUAGUUAUGGACUAGAAAAAAAAUUCAGACAAGAAAUUUUUAAGGAUUUCCAAGAAGAAACCAAAAAAGACUACGAAUCUGGUCAGCUGUAUGGAUUAGAAAAGUUUUGGGCUUAUCUAAAAUAUUCUGAAUCUAAGACGCAGUCUAUUGACCCAAAACUUCAGGAAUACCUCUGUAGCUUUAAGAGGUUAGAAGACUUCCGCAUUGAUCCCCCUAUUAGUGAGGAAUUUGGAAGAAAAAGACAUUCAUCUACUUCUGGUGAGGACAGUAGUCGUCAUAGACUUCCAUCUAAUUCCUCUACAAAGCUACCAAAUGCUGCUAAGCCUACAUCUGCUAAUCAGCUUUAG